GCUAGUCGAAUCUGAACUCUAGCUGGCUCAGACUAUCACUGGGUAUAUAUAUACCUAUAUCAUAUAAACCCAGUGAUGUAGGUAUCCCAGGAUGAGGGUUCUUGAAUAUAACCGUGUAUUAGUUACAUACAUGUGGUAUAUGAAUAAGCAUUGUCAAAAUGGACAUUGAUUAAUGCACAAUUAACUGAUUAUUUGCAGGUUUAAAAAAUCUAUUAUUGUUAACUGUUGCUGACUCUUCCCACAUCAACCAGUGUCAACCACACGUUGGAAAUGCAUGGAACUCUCUACUUACAAGGAUCAGUUGACAUUAAAAAUGAAGACAUCAUUCAUCUUCCCGCCGAGUCUCUCGUGAUGCUCUUCAGCUUGCAGGCGGCAUGUUCAUCUCUACCGGUACACGUUGUAUUGGUGCAUAGUAUAAACUCGACUAAAGAAGAGAGCACCAAGGAAGUUUCUCAAACUCAGUUAAAUGGAUUCCAUCAAUCAGAUGGAGGUCAUAAAAUUAAAAUCAAAGACAGUUGCUGUGAUGUUAAUAGGUUGAAUGUUGCAAAUGAAGAAAACUCGUGUACAAAUUUAAUUUUCAGAACAAAUAAGAAAAGCCUUGCUUUUCCUAUAUCACAGCUACACACUGAUGAAUGUUCAGAGUUAUUAAAGAGAUGUGCGCUGCCAGCAGUUGUUUGUCCAGCAGAAAAAUGGUGUGUUGCUGGCCUAGCUGCCUCGCUGCGCUUUGUGCUCAAGCAGGCAGUUGAAAAGAAUAACGAUGUGUUGGCUAAGAAAUUACUAGGCUUCAGACUUGGUUGUUUACAAUCCUGUUCUGAGGUGAGCUGCUGGACCAGAUUUUGUGAAGUAGAAGCGCCACUUGCACUCUUCCAGUCAUUUUCCAAGAAGAGAAUAGAGGAAAAUGUAUCAAAUACAAUAGAGUUUCCUAGCACUGUUUUACGCUUCAACAAUCACCUUUCAAAACCACUUAUCUUGCAUAAUGCAUUGAAAAAGAAGCAAGAAUAUCUGGUCAAAACUCUGAAAACAAAAGAAGAGAAACAAAACAUGCUGUCUAAGAAACUACAUGAACUACCAGAAUUAGAACAUUGUUUUGCAGAGGGCUUGGACAUGACUAUAGCUGAUGUUGUACUUUUUGUUUGCUUCAAACUGAUCACCAUUAGAGAGCCAUACAUGGAUUUCGCCAAUAUAUCUCCUCUCGUGAUGAAAUGGUUGUCCUCGCUGUCGACCAGUGAAAUAAUACAGAGAGCUUUACCUCUUAUCGAGUUGAUAGAAACUUCUUGUUGUGAUAGAGAACAAAAUUGCUGUAUAAAUGUUACCAUCCCUAAAGUUAUUGAUGAAAGCUUGUACAAGAGUGAUCCAGACCGAGCAAGAAUUGAUGUGAGUGGAAGGAUGACGUGUCAACAAGACAUUAGUCGUGUAACUGAAAGUCUUUCUAGCUUGAAUACAGAAUACAGUGCCUGUCCAAACACGGCGUUGCUCCAGAUUCCAUGGUCAGACUACCCAAAAGCUGUGCACCCUCAGGAAGGCAAUCUGCCUCUCUCACGAUUGCAGCGCAAGUGCCAGCAGCUGGAAAAUAUGAUCCACGCCGUGCUAAGAAUAGCCAAGCCAGGACACAAAAUAGUGGAUUUUUGUGCAGGUGGCGGUCAUGUAGCAUUGUUACUAGCAUACAUGCUUCCUAAAUGCACUAUUUUAAUGGUGGAAAAUAAAUCCAGCUCCCUUGAAAGAGCUAAAAAGCGAGCAAAUCUUUUGAAACUCGACAACGUGGAAUUUUACCAGUGCAAUCUGGAUUAUUUCACAGGAGAAUUUGACGUAGGCGUUUGUCUUCAUGCUUGUGGCCAGGCAACUGAUAUGGUAUUAGAGAAAUGUUUCCAACAAAAAGCCUCAUUUGUGUGUGCGCCAUGCUGUUACGGGUCCAUAAAACCUAACCCAACUGUGCACUAUCCUCGCAGUCAACGCUUCUGUGAACUUUUACCAGAUAUUAUGGAUUACCUCACGAUAUGCCACGCAGCUGACCAGACACAUGGCGCAGAUCAUCCAUCCACGGCACAAGGGCAACUCUGCAUGCGCCUCGUGGACGGUGAUAGACUCCUGCACGCUCAGCAGCUGGGAUACUCAACUGAACUGCAUCUCAUGGUGCCUCCAUCGUGCUCUCCCAAGAAUCAUAUUCUCAUAGGUACUCGUACAUGAAAGACUUAGCUUUUCAGAACAUUCAAGUUAUCGUAUUGAGAUUAUAAUUAUUAUGUAGAGGUUGUUUUUCAAGGCUUGAGUUCAAAGGCUUGCCAUUAAUUUAUGCAACUGCACGUCCUAUGUUACGGUAGUUAAUUCUGACCACCUAUGAUUUGGUGGGCCUUUGACAUUAUUUUAGCAAAAUUGUUUAACUUUCAUCAACGCAUAGGUAAUAAAAAUUAGUCUUACGCAAACCAAUGAACACAUGUGCGACUGACUCGUAUCUUCAUGUGAUUAAUAGCAUUUGGUCUCAUUUAUAUUUUAUUAUAUUUAAUUAAUACAAAUGAUGACUUUGACAGAUUGUCAAAAAAUUAUCGCAUCGAUGAUGGACAACCUAGUGUUAGAUUGUGUUGAACAGUGUAAUUUAAUUUACAAAAUAUUAUCGUUUCAUUUACAAAUACUGCUUCAUGGUCGUAGAAAUGUUAAAAAUUGGAUAGGACAGACGUUGAAAGCCUGCUAUGUCUCUUAAAUAAAUAAAAAUUAUACAAACUUAUUUCAUCUCAAUACCUAGCGACGAAAAACUAAAAUCAUCUACUCAAAAAUCAGCCAUUUUUUAAACAUGUGGAUUAUAUGCAUCGUUUUGUCUCACUAAGAUCAAAUGCUCCUAACAUAAAUAAGAACCUUCACUUGUUGUAAGGCGUGUUUUUCAACAAUGAUCUCAAUCCCCUGCCUUGAAUACAAAUUGUGAAAAUUUUACUAAUAAAAAAAAUUAUUUUUGA